UACCGAUCUUCAUGGCGGCGAACAAAAACGAAUUUAGGAAUGACCCAGACAGGUACCCUGUGGAAGCGGAUUUACCAAUCAGAUUUGGUGACAAUAGUUUCAUCGAGUUCAAGUUCAUCGCGUCCGGGCCGGUGGCGCCGGGGAAUGUUUUGGAGAUCCAGGGGCCCGCCGGAUACCGGUUUGUCCCGGAUUUUUUCCAGCUGCGGGAUAUGGGCCCGGAGGGGUUCUGUCCCCCCCCGAAGCCGGGGGACGAGGGGUGUGCCUACCCCUAUUUGUCGUUGACGGUGAAUAGGAUUUUGGACAACGGGAUGGACCAGCCGAGGUUGAUUCUCACCAUGGACACGAAGGACGAAAUUUGGUUGAAAAUGUACAGGACGAUCAACAUGGUCACCGUCGAGAAGAAGGAGUACGACGCAACGGAUCCGGCGAAUGUGUAUUUGUUAGAAAGAGGGUUGAUCGGGGACGAUUUGGUGGUGGAUGUGAACGCCACGGAAGUUACAAACGUUCUCCCCCCGCCAAGCUCCAUGCCCGAUAACCAGAUCUACUUUGGCAGGAGGUACGCAUUUAUGCAUUGCAAAAGCAUCGUACUAGUAUAAACCGCAAUACAAAUUUCCUUAGCAUUAGAAAUGGAAUUUGUAAUGCGGAUUUGCCUUUCCAAGACCCUCCGGUUUGUUUGAGAAACAUAGACCCUCCGGUUUGUUUGAGAACGGAUACUAUCCCUUUCCAAAUCAAAACACAUUAGGACCCGGGGGGACAGGAAGAGCCCCCCGGUAGCGCUAGUCUCACAUGGGUGCACACAUAAGGACGUUGACGGAGAAACACACACACACACGCAAAAACACGUCGGCCAAAAACAAAAAUAAAAUGCGUCCUGCACAAACUGCCCUCACUCACUCACCGGGUGGAUGCGCCGCCGAGGUCCGCAGAUAGCUUAUUGAGAAAAAGAAUAAGACUAGUAAUAGCUUAGUAAGAAAGAAAAAGAUAGAAGUCGCAAAAACUACUACUAAUGUUUUUGUGCUAGAAUAGCCGCGCCGCUGAACAACGGGAGACGGCCUGUCCGGUGAGUGAGUACGCCGUCAACUGCUCGCCGGGGCGCUGCGUGGAAGGGCAGCGUCGCCGCAAGUCGAGCCGGGGAACUAGUUUCUUUGCUUUCGACUGCCUUUUAUUUUUUAUGUUCCCCGUCAUCUCAAUUCCCCCUUAACUUGCCGCCUUACUCUUCACGGACAUCUCGUGGAUGACAUCAGCGCGUAGAACGGUUCGAACCAGCCUCGGGCUACAAGGCGACAGGUAAACCAUCCCUACGCCCUCCGCUUUGACCUUGACGAAACUGACUACCAAACACUCUGGGGAUUUCUAUCAGCAACAGCAUUGCCGACACCUAGGGCCACGCCACCGCGCCUUCCGAGGGUAGAUCAGACGGACCACAGAAGGGCGCUGCGAGGUGGCAACGACAUCACUGAAGCGGGAGAGCGGAUACAAGGCCUUCGCUCAACUGUGUGGUGUGCGUUGUUUACUAGUCCUAGUUUCAUCGUCCGCGUGUUACUAGCGUCCUGACCCUUCAGGUCGUCCCUGCCGCCGGUGGUCACGUCCGCGUGGCGCUAUCAGCGAAUCAGCGAAAAUAGGUUAUCUCUCUCUCUCUCUCUAAUGCGGAUUUGCCUUCAGAAAAUGCAUGACUGCGAUUACUACGAGUGCGAUACUUUUGCACAGGAUAGCAUUGCAGGCGAGGGUACAGGGACCGCAACAGGCGGCGGUAUUAUAAAGUUUUUUUGUUGUUGCUUGUUCUUUCCAGCAUGACAAAAUGAGUCUUGUCUUCGAAAAUAAAGUCUUGCAUCACAGACUACACGACAUGCGAUCCGUUCCAAACCAUACCAAAACAGCCCCCGCCCAACCACCAGUUCCAGAUCAAAUUCACAACCUUAGUCGCGGUCAACAACGGGGAAUAUCCAAAUGACCUCGGCCCCAGCCCAGAUUUCAACAUGACCCACUGCAUCCCCUUUCGAAUCAGCAAAUCCAUCCUCGCGUUCCAUGACCCGGACAUCACCUAUCCGCUAGAAUGGCAGUCCUUCGUCGCCGCAGAUUCCUUCCUCGACGUGAAACUCGAGUUCCCCCGGAAGUUCCCGCAGGAUCUAGGGUUGACAAACCUCGAAGUCUACCCGCCUUCUUCCGGGUUUUUCCUCCCGAGAGGGCAAAUUUUCAGCGACCGACAAGAAUAUUUACCGUUGCAGUUCGCUUCCAUCACGGUGAACAAAAUCCGGCCGUUCACGGCGCCGGUGGAAAUCAACGGGACGACGUUAUACCCAGCGACGAAGUACGUGCAAGCGCCGGGGGGCGUUAUCAAAUGCAAAAAUGUCUGGAUCUGGAAGAGUGUAAACUUGUCAUGCAGGUUUUCCAUGACCCUUGAAGUCUGGAAUGCGGGACCUAGCAUGACAGAGUCUGUGAGGUCUCUUUCAUGCCUAUCCUGCAUGAGAAAAUCCCUCCCAACUUGGUCAAAAGUGGACAGCUUUUGGCACUCAUGCAACACAGAUUUUUGCAUGAUUCGGAUUUAGCAUGACAAGUUGCAAUCUUCCAGACUCAGACAUUUUUGCAAUCCAUAGGCGUGAAUCUGAAACUAGUCUGCGACCGGAACGACUCAACCCCGAUAAACAAAGACGUCGAGCUAUUAUAUGUAGAAACGUCCCCACCCCAUAGUCAAGUUGGGAUCUUAGCAACACAAAUCUAGAAGUUUUGGGAGCCUCGCAUGACAAGUUGCAGUUCGUAGUGUACUGCAGGUUCGUAAGGACAGCGGCAUCACAAAUCCAUCUGCUCAUCCUGUUCCCGGCAUUACAAAUCCCAAAACACGACUAGCAAUUGCCUCUCAUGGGGACCCGCAUUACAAAUGUUUCUGUAGAUGCAAAUCUGCAUGACAACUAUGGGGUGGGGACGUUUUUACUCAGCAUACGAGCCGGUCCAGAACUACCACUGGUACAUCAUCGGGAACGCGAAAAACCCGACGACCGGGGUGGUUUCUACUCUCGGUUGGGAGCGGUAUGAGCCGAAGGAUUUACUCGUUUCCCAGUUCUAUGCAUUGCAAAUAUGUCAAGGAAUGCAAACUUGUGAUGCGCAUUUCACAACACAUACAAAUCUCUCAUGCCGCAGCGGCAAAAGCUGCCCACUUUCUGACACCAAAGUGGGGAGUUUGUCAUUCGGAUUCGGCGUUCCGGAAGCUUUUCGAAAUCUGUGAUACCAGAGCUUCCAUGCCAGACCUUCUGCGUCAUGCAAAAACAGCAUGACUCUUCCAGACCGAGACAUAUUUGCAUUUCAUAAGUUCCCGGUGCAGUGGAAUCCAGAGACGAAGUGGAUCGCUGGGUCGCAGGUGGAAGCCAUGUUUGAAAUCAAAUUCAGAAUACCGCUGCCCGUCGGUGGCGCAAUUUACAUCAAAGCGCCGCCGAAUUACCGGUUUAGGUGCCCGAUUACGAACAUCAUGGUCCUAUCAUAUGUAAAAACGUCCCCACCCCAGAGUUGUCAUGCAGAUUUGCGAUUGCAGGAAGAUUUGCAAUGCGCAUCUCCAUGAGAGGCAUUGCCAGUCGUGUUUUGGGAUUUGUAAUGCUGCAAACAGCAUAAGCAGAUGGAUUUGUGAUGCGGUUGUCCUUGCUAACAUGCACUACUUACACUACGGACUGCAACUUGUCAUGCGUUGCUCUCAAAACUUCUGGAUUUGUGUUGCUAAGUUCCCAACUUGACUAUGGGGGUGGGGACGUUUUUACAUAUGAUAGCUCCCGGAGCCGAGUUACAUGCCAAUUUGCGUGUUUAACCCCAUCCAUCCUCUGUUGCAGGGUUGUGGCAGGAUAGAACGGGAUCUGCAGCAGGUGACUUUUGACAUAAACCGUUUGGAAAACAGGAUCGAGUAUCUGAAGGAACUGAGCAAAAUCAAACCCCAGGAGAUGACGCCGCAACAGAGAUUGACUUUCAUCUCCGAAACGGUGAACGGGACGAGGAGGGAAUUAGAUGUGAAAAUGCUGUACAAGAGGGAAUUAGAGGAAAUCAUGGAGUACGUGCCGCCACCAAGUUCUGAAACCGAUUCAACCACGAUCACAACUUUGACGAUAACCAGUACCGCGUCUGGCGGGUUCUCGAUCACAAAUACUCCGCCUACAACCACGACAACAGAGCCGCCCACAACCCUCCCCCCGAACGGCCUGGCGACGACCGCCAAGCCGGAGGGGAAGCCGCCGAGCGGGUGCGAGCUGCGGCACGAGGUCUUGUUUGCUUAUCAGACGACGGAUUACCCGCUAUGAACUGCAAAUGUGUUUGGGUCUGGAAGAAUUAUGCAGAAGACUUCUCAUGAUGCACAUUUCGCAAGACCCAUGAUGUCUGUGAUGCAUGCUCUAGCAUCACAAACUUUUUGAGGGCUUUCUGAUGCGCAUACUGCAUCGUAGCACAAAAUCGACUCCUCUUGCUGGUCAUGAUGCAAUACAGAUUUUUUUAGAAUCCGAAGACAGCAUCAGAAGUUGCCUUCUUCCAGACCCGGACAUAUUUGCACUUCAUACCCGCCGGUGUUCUACGAAACGAAGAUGACCCGGUCGAUCCGCGAUCCGAUCACGGGUAUGCAUUGCAAAAGCAUCGUCAGGAGAGGUCCUAGGAGUAAUCUUCGCAAUCAUGCAUUGCAAAUCUCUUUCGCAAGGGAAAUCGGCAUGACAGAUUCCAUCUGUCAUGCUGAACUAAUUUGUAAUGCAAUCACUACUAGAAGCACAAGCAGCGCGACACUUUUGCAAUGCAUAACUGGCAUCCGGCAGGAACGGUCGCAGCAGGUGGCGAUCCCGAUCAUGACCUACAAGUUCAACAUCCGGAUGGAACUGCCGGAUAUGCAUUGCAAAUAUCGAUCUGUGUCUGGAAACUUGUGAUGCUAAUUUAUGAAUUGCGGGGAUCACACUGCAAUAGGCAGCCGCGCAUGACAAGUUUCUGGGCUCCUUUGUGUUUCGCUUUCCGCAUGACAAAUAACUACAUUUGUGCAUGACAGGCAAGCGGCUCUUUAUUUCCUGCUCCCGCAUUACAGGUUCAAGACUCACAUAUUAAGACAAGCAUGACAAGCUUGCACUCUACUUCCAGACCCGGACAACAUAUUUGCAUUGGAUACCGGAAGCGGACGCGCAGCUCCCGAACAGCAACCGGUACAACGAUUUCGACGUGAUUAUGCUGGACCGGAUGAAGAGAACCAUUGACAACAACGUGGCGGUAUCCUGUGCAAAAGUGUCGUACUCGUAUUGCAGUCAUGCAUUACAAAUCUUUUUCUUAACGUAAACCCGCAUUACAAAUUUUCUCUCUCAUGCUGAGAGAAUUUGCAAUGCAUUUAAAUACGAGUACGAUACUUUUGCAAUGCAUAGGCGGUGCCCGUCCCCCAAUUCUACACGGACUACAAAGUGACCAACUUCAUAUGCAUCGCAAGAGCAUCGUGCCAAGUAGUAGCAAGCGCAUGACAGAUUUACUGCGUAGCAUGUUGACAAAUGGACUUUGUAAUGCUGAUUUGGCUUCGCAAAGAACAUUUCUCUUGCAGGAAUGCGAUUAGUGGCGCGUCGUGCACGAUGCUCUUGCAGUGGAUACUUCACCUUUUGGUACGACCACGAGCGGACGCGGUUCCGCACUCAGGAGGAAAAUAAAGUGAUCAACGGGAUCGACGAGGCCUAUGACCCCUAUCCUAUGUAAAAACGUCCCCACCCGCCCAUAGCUGUCAUGCAGAUUUGCCAAUGCAGGAACAUUUGUAAUGCGCACCGGCAUGGGAGGUACUUCCAAUCGUGUUGUGGAAUUCGUAAUGCUGUAAACGGGAUACGUGCGUGGCGUUGUGAUGCGGCUGUGCUUGAUAAACUGCACUCCAAGACACAGAGGAACUUGUCAUGCGUGACUCUCAAAAGUUCUGGAUUCCUGUUGCGAAAGCCCCAUCUUGAUGACUAUGGGGUGGGGACGUUUUUGCUCAGCAUAACCCGCGCGGAAAAAUCAUCCCCUUCUAUGUCACGAUCGCCAUCAACGAGCGGAUUCCGGCGGGGCGGGGGUUCAAGGUGAUGGAAUUUACCGUCCCGGACAAUGGGUUUGGCAUGGAAAUCGCCUUGCCGACGGAUGUCCAAGUUCUCUCCGAGGCCGUGCCGGUGCGAAGCUGGGGGUGGGAUCCGAAUUCGGCGCGGAUAAAACAACUCUUCUUCAACAUGCCGGACAUUGACGACAUCGACUACAAUGGGAUCCUAUCAAAUGUAAAAAUGUCUGGGUCUGGAAGAAUGCAACUUGUCAUGCUAAAAUGGAAGCAUGCAAAAAUCUGUGUUGCGUGAUUACCAAAAGCUGUCCACUUUUGACCUAAUCGAGAGGCAGUUUCUCAUGCAGGAGAGGCAUGAUAGAACUCUCACAGAAUCUGUCAUGCUCUGUCCUACUUGCCAGACCUCAUGAGUCAUGUAAAAUCUGCAUGACAAGUCUGGCAUUCUUCCAGACCCAGACAUUUUUACAGUUGAUAGAUCCCGGCCGGGCAAUUCGCGUUCUCCAUCCCCAUGAAGCUCCCGGACACCACCGAGGCGAUUUACGGGCUAUCAAGUGCAAAUAUGUCUGGGUCUGGACAAGCGCAAACUUCUGAUGCGCAUUUCAGACGACGCAAAUAUCUGUCAUGCAUGGACAGCAAAUGUCACCCAUUUCUUAUCACUGAGAGUGGGGAUUCGUCAUGCGGAUCAGGCAUUGAGAAUCCUCCUCAAAACCUGUGAUGCUAGGGCUUGCAUGCCAGACUUUCUUGAUCAGGUAAAAACAGCAUGACAAGUAGCAUCUGCACUCAUCCAGACCGACACAUGUUUGCAGUUGAUACGGGCUGCAAGGCAACAACAUUCAGGAGUUCACGUCGCAGGACCGGAAUGGGGAGUACAUGAACUUCUUCAAAGUCAAAUUUUGCAACGACUUUCCGUUUAUGCAAGGCAAAAGCAUCGCAGCGUUGUAAAUCGCAUGACAAAUUUUCUCAGCAUGAUGAGAAAUGCAAUUUGUAAUGCGGAUUUAACUUGACAAAAAAAUUUGUAAAAUUACAAUUUUUUUUGUCAAGUUAAAUCCGCAUUUAUGCAUUGCAUAAAUGCGAUUAGUACGAGUACGAAGAUACUUUUGCAAUGCAUACCCUUCUGCAUCGAGAAACUGGCAGAGUUCAAGGUCCCCGGGUUUCAGUUCAACGACGUCACCAGAGACGACUUCAUCGUGCAGCCGGACGGGUUAUCCAGUGCAAAUAUCGAUCUGGGUCUGGAAGAGUGCAACUUGUGAUGCUGUGUUUGGAUUCUACAAAAAUCUGUAUUGCAUGAGCAGCGAAAUACGGAGUCCACCUCUUGCUCUUGCUACGCGAAGAGGGCGUUUGUAAUGCGGGUUCGGCAUGAUCAAGACGGCCUCAAAAAAUCUGUGAUGCUAGGGCGUACAUCACAGACAUCAUGGCUCACGCGAAACGUGCAUGACAAGUUCGCAUCCUUCCAGGAGACCCAGACAUAUUUGCGAUGCAUACGGGUUUGGCAGCGAAAAAUACAGUCGGACGACUGAUCGGGUGGUAAUAUCCUGUGCAAAAGUAUCGUACUCGUAGUGAUCGCAAUCAUGCAUUACAAAUCUCCCUCUUAACCGAAAUCGGCAUUACAAAUUCCAUUUUUCAUGCUGAGGGAAUUUGUCAUGCGAUUUAUAUAUACUAGUACGAUGCUUUUGCAUUGCAUAGGUAAAAACGCUGGCUGAUUUUCAAGUCGACGAAGGCCCGCAGUCGUCGGGGGCGACUUCUCGUAGAGGGAUUAAAUGGAGCAGCAUCAGUGGCAUCCUCGCUGGAGGCGGUAUUUGGUGGUUGGGUACAACUUUGAUGGUAGCGCUUUCGUACAGCCAUCAUGUUCAUGCGGUUGCUUAGGAAAGAAGGAGCUGGAAGACGAGGAAGCUCAACUUUUCAACAUUUAUUCCAAGAAUCUAGUCGUGGCUUUUCUUGUUGCGUUCACGACAUGGUAGGAGCAAGAGCAAGUUCGCCGUGUAUAUUGUUUUUUUGGACGCAGAUACUAAGUGCGUGAAUCAAGCAAGAAGCACAAGAGCAACCAAGUUGAAGAAUAUCCAAGAUUUUAGCAAUAGCAACCAAGUUGAGGCGUGAAAUUAUCAGCAUACUUAAAGCAGACCAAGAAAGUCGAGUCUCAAGAAAGGAAUUAAACCAAGUUUCCGUUUGCAACUAAAUCUCCUACAACAACUCGUAUGAACAAUUAGCUUCACAACAACAUGCAUAAAGCUCUAACCGCUGCUCUGCGCAAAAAAAGCACCGCAAGCGCUUCGGUCUUCCUACGAGGACCCACCAGGAUGGAGACAAAGUGACAGAGACAAAGCUUCUCUCGCUCCACCUUUGUGCUGCAUCGUAGGUAGAUGCGAAGAGGUUGAUGGUCAUGCUCCUGCGACAUAUCAGAUUCAGAUUUUUUUAAAGGGAGCUGGUCUACGACCGCUCUCAACAUAUUGUAGAAGCGCAGCUACAGUCAGACAUGAUGACCGCGGCAGAAGCUGCCAGGGUGGUCGUGUCGACAGUUCAGCAAACCAAGUUUCCGUUUUUCUACACUUCUAUGCAAUAAAUCCGUUUCGUAGUGGUCGCAUUUGUUUCUAACUAAGUAAUACUAUCACUUCUCCUUAUUCAAAUUUAACUAUGAUGGUGCUGGUACAGCAAAUUGCUGGACACGAUGAAAUAGAAUCCGUUUCUGUGUGCUGACCGAAAACGUUUCUGAAGUUUCUGGAGUUAAUUACAAUAGCCGAUAGAAGUUGCAACAGCGACACAACGAUAGUCCAACGCAGCUGCAACAAGAAUCUGCAGGGUUCUUGCGAUAGAAGAAAGCUGCUGGCAGCACCUGCAGUAACUGGGUUCAUCUUCAUUCAUCGUGAGGCCGAGCCAGAUGCUGUGUAGUUUGUACAUGUUGCAAAAAGUAGAAAAGCAGGACCAUGGUUAUUUGUCGUGCUGCAAACGCGCGCUUUGAGUGCAGUUCCCUCAAUAAUUGUCAUGCUUUUUUUCGUUCUUAUCUUUCCUCUCGUGCUGAAGAGAAUACAAAACAGAAAUAGAUUUUUCGUACCUCGUUCUCGUAAGGCUGUAUUCGCGCCGCACCAGCAUGCCGUCGUACUCCUGUCGUGUGGAUCAAUAAUUUCAACAAUACCCGCUGAAGCUGAACACAUCCUUCGUCCGUUUCUCUCGUGAAGGUGAUGUAUUCUAGUCCGAAGUCGUGCAACGGUUGCGGUUGUGGUAGUUAUAGUUUUUAGCAAGACAGCACUUGAUCUUGUUUUCAUCUCCCAGCAGGACCAGGAAGUGGCUUUGUAAAACCCGCUUGAUUUUUUCCUUGUUUUCGUUUCUUUUGCCGCAUUUAUUUUGCGACUUUACAUUCACUAAACGUAAACGUGACAAAACGUCGUCACUUUUGCAGAAUCUUCUGUUGCUCCGCGUAUUACAUGCUUUUUGUACCUGCUGCUCCUGCUCCUGCUAGCGCAAAAGGAAAACGAAAAACAUUCAGCAUGUCCUUAGCCACCUUGUCGCCGCGUUUCUCGUUCUCGCGCGAACGCUUCUUUCGCCGCGGCGCUAGUUCUUGCAGUUCAUUGUCACAAAAAUGGCUGGCUUCUUCGGGUCUACUUCUACUUGUGGUUCAUCACGACAAGACCGGGCAGCUGCUAGGAGUGCAAGAAGCUUUGGCGGUCUCGUUCAUGUCCAAGAUGAAGAUGAAGCUGCAGCAGAACAAAAAGAAAACCUCAACAUUUGCAUCGAAGAUCAUGAAGGAGCGGCUUCCUGCUCGGGGCCUCCCAAGAAGUGGAAGAACGGGAGCACAGGAGCUACACACAACAGGUGGGAGCCACGAUCAUGAGGCCUUCUUCUACAACAAGACUAGCUCAACAUCGGUGGAACAAGAUGAACAAAGCUUCUUUUUGCAAAAGCACGAGGCUACCUUGAGCGGCGCGACUUGUUCGCUUUCGCGUGCGGAGCGUGGAAGGAACGGUAUCACACAGAAAAGUACACCGAACCGAGUGCACCAGAGUCAGAAAAUAAAAAAAUUCAGAAUCUGUUGUUGUUAUGCUGCUACUUUACAUAAAUUGGCGCCAUUCCAAAACUCUAAAAACAAGAACUCAAACUCUGUAGAUACACAGAGUACUAGCGAGGCAUUUUAUUUUUUGGUGUGCAAAAGAAAAAAAAAUACAAUUUUUACUGCGCGAAGGCUAGGAAAAGGGUGUUAGAAUGAAAGUAAAAGUAUCAUCUCACGACGUCGGACGGCCAACAGGCACUUUUUUUUCCCGCAAACAGAACGGCAUGACAUGAUAGUUCUUCUCGAGAUACCCUGGUGAAAAGUACCAAUGGGUUCUUUACUUUUCUGUACAAUAAACGGAGGGCCUGGGGGCUACGGAUACUGCCGCAACGCCAGCAGUGGCAUGGUCAAGAGCGAUUGCAAGCUUUGCAUGAGAUGUAGCGGUCGCAGUUGGCUGAAAUACAUCGAUACAGCCACCGGAAGUGCGACGUCUUGGCAGCUGGAUACGAUGCCGCGGAGUUGGAGGGAGUUGGAGUUCAACACGGGAACAGGGGAGCUGUUGAAGGGGGGCUGUGAUAUUCCAAGCGGGACGUUGGGAAAGAUGAACCACAAGGCAUGCCUGGAGAAAAAUCUCGACAAAUUGUACGAAGACCACGCUUGGAACGAGCAGGAUCUAGACAUCGACACUCCUCGUCUCGUUAAUUUGAAGGUGAACGGCGAUGUCUGGAGGCAUUACACGGCAGAGGAGAAUGUUAGAUGCGAGGCACGGAUGGCGAUGAAGAAAUCCGGAGCCUCGGGCUCCGUAGAAGUAUGCAUUGCAAAUAUGAUGUCUGGGUCUGGAAACUUGUAAUGCUGCGUUGGGAAUAGUGAAAAAUGCCCUGUAAUGCACAGCCAAGCAUGAAAAAUAUCUGCGCUUCUUUGCGUUGCGUUUUUCUUUUUCGCAUGACAAACUGCGUUUUUGCAUGACAAGCAAAAGGGUCUGCUCUUCUCGGACACGCGUCACAAACUUUUUAGUCAUGCCAGACAAGCAUGACAGACCUUGCAUCCUUCUAGACCCAGACAUAUUUGCACUUGAUAAGAACAGCGCUUCGACAACGGCGGCUGGGAGACAGCUCCGAGUGGCAGUGUCGACUGGAAUAUGACAGUGCACAACUCCCCCUCCCCCUCCCUUGUCAUGCAAAUUUCCCGAAUCCAGGCUGUGCCUCUUGUCACUGUUUGCAUGACAAGUUCUGGUAGCCCAAAUAGCACUACACUCCAGUUUAAAUCUGUCAUGCAAAGCCCGCAUUUUUGCGAAUGCUCGCAUUGCCGUUUAUGCUUAUACAAAUGAGGGGGAGGCGGGGGAGUUGUGCACUGUCAUAUGGAAGACACAGAUGGCCCCCGUGGGGUGGCACAAGGUGGAACAGUGGAAAGAGAUAGGCGAUGAACUCGAGGAGGCCGCGCAGCGACUGGGCGACAAUUUCUUUGUGGUCAGUUUGUCCGCCUUUGCUCCCUCCUGCGGUAGCGAGAAGUACUGCGGGGAUUCAGACCACACAUGGGAUAACGAUGAAAACGAUUUUGCGGCUCAUCGCAACAACUGUGAGUGCAAGGCGUGUACGCGGUGCAAACUAUAGUGUGUCUAGGUGUGGAAAAAAUAAAACGGGCCUUGUGCUUCUUGUAUCUUUAAAAUAUAAAUAUAUAAAAUUGCUUGUAUAGCAUUGGUGCUGCUGGCAAGUCUGCAUUGCAUAACCGACAGGGGCGGCGGCGCUUCCUUCGUCAUCCAAAAGCGAAAGCGCAGACGUUGGUCGAGCUGUUUAUGCAAAUUGAUAAUUGGCACUACUCGUACUACCUAUCAAGAGAGAAACUUGUCAUGCUUUGUUGCAUCAUGUGAGUAUGUCUGACCCAUCCACUAUUUGUCCGCAUCGCAGGUGUGAUAUUCCAGACCCAGACACAUUUGCAUUUGAUAGCGUGCUGCGAGAAGGUGGAGAGGGAUGGCAGCUGGUUGGCCACGGUCGACAAAUGGCGUUGCGGGGAGAGUGGGUUUUACUCGAUCGACGACUAUGCGAGGGAACAAAUCAACAGCAAGAUCCAACGCGCGAGCAUCGAGUUAUGGCACUCUCAAACGUUACACUGUCUAUUGUCCUCUUAUGAUAUUGACUUGUCCUGCAAAAUGAAAAUUGUCAGCAGCCUCGACAAGAUUUUGAAGAUCAAAUAAAGCUACUUCGCGUGACAAAUAAUUUUGGAAGGGCUAAGAGGCAUUGCAAUCUGUGCCGAAUUUGUAUGUAAUACGACUUCGACUUGCGCGGCAGGGCAAUAAAGCGCCCUUCCUUUGUUCAACACUUUUGCUACUGUUGCAUCUUCUUCACAAAUUCGUGUAAAGAACAGCGACCAAUGUAAACGUUUGUUGAAAACUUGAUAUGAAGGGGUAGAGCCCCCGUCAACUACAUCCUCACCUACAUCCUCAACUACAUCCUCACCUUCGCCUUCAUCUCGCGCUGUCACAGAAACGCCUUCCACCACGCCGGCACCGCCUGCGGUUUAUGCAAUACAAAUUUCCCGUAGCCGUACAUGUACAAGGUGCAUUACAAAUUUCACCAAUUUAUUGGAGUGUAACAUCACUUGUAAUGCUAAAAUAGGACCACGGCUAAGUUUUGUCAUGCAGAGACCGGAUUUGUACGUGUUGUACGGGAAUAAAUUUCCUGUGGAUAUAGUCACGCCCGAGUCCACCACUACUUCGCUGCCGAGGACAGGUGAAAUAAAGUCCGACGAAUCCUUAUCUUGUGCAAAAGUAUCGUACUCGUACAAAUUGCUUUUAUGCCUUACAAAGAAAUAUUUUUGUUAAUAAGGCAAAAGCGCAUUACAAAGGCCUAGGCCUAGGCUAUGCUACCCAAUGGGCAGCUAGGGUGUCUGAAAUUAGCUUAUACUUUUUACACGCGCCGCGGGCUAGGGUGGGUCAUUAACAAAACGUGAGGAAAACCGGGCCUAUCAUUUCGCGCCUGCGCGGUAAAGGUUUAAGUACAUAAAAGUGCAUCAGACAACCAAACCUUCAAACAGGCCCCGCGGCAGAAUCCGUUUUCCCCUUAAAUAAAUGAAAUUCUGUACAAUCGCCUGGCGAGACGCAAAAGUAGAUGAACCGACUCUCAAUAAAUAGCUGCCCCGUGGCGCUUCUUGAGUUUGUUUAGUGUGGCCGUAGUCCAAAAAUCAUUUGUUUUUUCUAAGCACAGCUGAUGACAGCGCUCGUGGUCGUGCAUAGAGUUUUUCACUUUUGGGUUACGGCCUCUCUGAGGAGGUCUGUCGACGUUGCUCCACUCAGGAGCAGGCUGUUCUUUUCUGUCACUGACAGGCGGUUCUGCGACCGCAAGUCUCGGCAAUUCCCGAGCUCUUGUUUCUGGUGCGAACUUCGUACGGAAUUCUCUUGGUGGGUUCAUCUAGUGGUGCGCUGCGCGUUUCUUAACAUUUUUUGAGGCCGUACGAUUAAUGGGCCCCCUUUUCGAUACCGAAAAGGGGGGGGUAGGUACGGUCGGUCGUCUGGCCGUAUCCAAAAGCGACCACUUCCCUCGGGACCCGACCAGUUUUCGAAUUUCAAAAAUCAAAAUGUCAGCCCAUGACCCCCCCCCGCCCCGAAGUAGUUUUCUGCUUUGUUGACCACUAGUUGCGGCGCGGCUUUAUCAGCGUAUAGCCCCUCUAUUGCGGUUUCUGGGGUGUGGUUAGCAGAGGAACAAGCACACAACGCAAUUUUUUUUUGGGGCGCGCGCUGCGCGCGCGCGCGUCGCGAUAUGCAUACAAAAGUAAAGAAACUUCGGCGCGCGCGCUAAAUAAAUACACGCGCCACGCAGCGGAACGCAUGGCGCAUACGUGGUUACAAUCCGCCGGCGCGGUGCAGCAAACCAUGAUCAUCUGCAGGACAGAUGAAGAUCGAGCCCGGUUUAUUAUCGUCGUCGGCUCUGCCUCUCCGCCUGCACUGGGGCCGAGCAUGGUGCGCGAGGUUUGUUGGCCCUUCUUCCGCCUUCAAGCUGAAUAAGAAGCAAAGGGGCUUGCGACUUGGAAUAAAGUAUGCCGGAAAAGGAAAGAGCGCUUUGCCGCGACAACAACCAUCGCCAUUACCCAUCCUGCGCGGGGUAGUGUGCAGAGGGUUAAAAAGUGGGCUAACUACAAAAAAAAACGCCUUCGGCUUCGCAGUAAUUUGUAGCGCAGCACUGCGCUACAAGCACCCGGCGCGCCAAAGUGGUUGAUGUGGGCAUCUCAAUUACUGAGAUACCCGCUUCAACAGCCCGAGAGCAGUCUUGGUCGCGCAGUUCUGCAUUAGAAGUUGCGCCAUGAUCUACCGCGCCGCAAGUCUGUUUGUGCAGGAGAGUGACUUCUCAGUCGAUCUACAAGCUUCCCCCUGAAGUACUGCGAAGCACCUCUUCUGCUUAAAACAUGCUCAGUCACUCAAAAUCAAAUAAAAGCAAAACAGUUCUGCAUGCUUUUACUUGAAUGAGCUGCCGAGCUCCUACGAUCUACUUACAAACUGCGCCCAAGCUACUGCUCUUUUUUUCGAGCAGUGGAUCGGCGGCAUACAACCAAGCGGGAUUGCAGUCAAGAAGUUGUAGAUAAUUCAUUGCGAGGCAGCUGCGCUGCUGCUCCGUGAAAGGUAGCCGUCUCCCUUUUGGGGAAAGAAUGGCCCUCGGCUUCAUUUUGAGAAACAGAAAGCACGUCUGCUUCGAUUGAUUUACUUCCCUUUUGGCGACGGAAUUCUCUUGGUGGGUUCAUCUAGUGGUGCGCUGCGCGUUUCUUAACAUUUUUUUUCUUUCCUCGUUUCCAUUUCUUGUCCUGUCGGUGUGCUUCGCUCGAUCUCUAAUCGGUUUUCGUCAUCUCCCAUGAGAAGAGCGACCUCUGUCGAUCGUCUUCGUCUCGCCUUUUUUCUCGCUUUUUUCUCGACUGUUUUAGUUAGUUAGGCGAGCUUUCUUGCGCAUACGUACGUAGAUCUCCUAGUGCCUUGGUACUUCGAGGUUUAGGGUCGGAACGUUCUCAGCACUGCUGAAGCUUAAGAAGAAAGGGGCGUGCACGCUCCGGCCUUCAGUUUGCUCCGCCUUUAUCUUUUUGAAAUCGCUUUACUAUAAUCCUCCUUUUUGCUUGCUUCCUGUUCCCCGGGCCCAACUGGCACCAAGCAGGUUUUUUCUCUCCUAGGGUUAGGCUUAGUUAGGCCGCCACCGCCGCCGGCACGGGAUGGCUGCCGACGCGACCGUCUCACCUUCGAUCCAGCCACCACCCUCAUCUGCUGCUCAAGAUCGAUCCAGAAAGGGUUUAGUUUAGGUUUCAGGGUUUAGGAAGCAAUCUUAACAUUUUUUUUCUUUCUCUCUUUCUUUCUUUUGUACUUCUGGGUCUGCGUCCCCUCGUACCAACGGGCCUCUCUUCCUCCGUCAGCGGGGUUGUCAGGUUUUUGCGGUCUGGCGACCUACGUUCGCUAGUUCGGGCCGUUGUUGUCUCCGACGGUUUCGAGUUAUAAAAGUUAUGGUUUGUGUGACAAGGAGGCAACACGGGCCUAGCGAAGCGGCCCGGGUAGCCAAGGCAGGAACACAAAGCGGAUUUUUAUAAAGAGAUACCUCUCUACCAUCCGGUCGAAUAUUGUUGUGGUCCCGGGCGGAAGACCUUAAACUCGACCCAAAGAAAGUAAUGCCCUGCGGUUCAAGUUUCAAUAAAAUUUUUUUCCUUCCCUUCCCUCCCUUUUAUUUCUCGUUACUGUUGUCGAGACAAAGCCCUUAUCCCGCGGGGUAAGGGAGUGGGUUGUCAGGUUUUUGCGGUCUGGCGACCUACGUUCGCUAGUUCGGCCCGUUGUUGUCUCCGACGGUUUCGAGUUAUAAAAGUUAUGGUUUGUGUGACAAGGAGGCAACACGGGCCUAGCGAAGCGGCCCGGGUAGCCAAGGCAGGAACAAAAAGCGGAUUUUUAUAAAGAGAUACCUCUCUACCAUCCGGUCGAAUAUUGUUGUGGUCCCGGGAAGACCUUAAACUCGACCCAAAGAAAGUAAUGCCCUGCGGUUCAAGUUUCAAUAAAAUUUUUUUCCUUCCCUUCCCUCCCUUUUAUUUCUCGUUACUGUUGUCGAGACAAAGCCCUUAUCCCGCGGGGUAAGGGAGUGGGUUGUCAGGUUUUUGCGGUCUGGCGACCUACGUUCGCUAGUUCGGCCCGUUGUUGUCUCCGACGGUUUCGAGUUAUAAAAACGUGAGGAAAACCGGGCCUAUCAUUUCGCGCCCCACCCUAGAGGGUAUUUCCACCCUAGUGCCCUGCGGCUCGCACUAGCGUGGUGCACCGAACUAGCCUGGGUCUAGACCACGGCCAGGCUAGGUUUCUGCAUGCAUAUUUGCAAUAAUUACUACGAGUGCGAUACUUUUGGUUUUGCGCAGGAUAAUCAAUUGACGGAGACUACAACCAGGAUGGUGAUGGUACCCGUAUCCAAGUGAUGAAAACAUCAAGUGUUAAUAUUUGCUCCGCCACAGAAGAUGAAAGUAGUACGGAGUUUUAUUUCGAUACAAGAAGAAGAUGAAGAAGUACUCACAGCGCAGUACGCGCACGCCGGGGGUAGGAAUUUGCUGCUCUAGUAUUUUUGCGUGGCAGCAUGGUGUUUCCACGCAUAUUCGAGAUGAUUUUCGAUUUCGUCCUUUGAUGGACAUUAUAGUGAGCACGAAACUGGUGAUAAAAAAAAUUGCAUAUAGCCUAAGAACCAUGUAAAGAGAUGAACGCAUAAUUCGCUGUGGGAUGGGCAGACGGACGGGGACACUUGAUUUUCUUGUUUUCAUAACCCUUUCUCCGGCGAUGCGGGUGGUGUAUCCUGGGCAAAAGUAUCGUACUCGUAGUAAUCGCAGUGAUGCAUUACAAAUCUCGUUCAUAAGGCAAAUCAGCAUCACAAAUCCCAUUUGUUAUGAGGAGCGAAUUUGUAUUGCAAUUACUACUAGUACGAUACGUUUGCAGUUCAUAUGAAGCAGGCGCGGGCGAUACUCCUCGGAACUUCGGCUGAUGCGGGUGAAGUUGCCACCCAACGGGUUGGUGUGUGCUGCUGAGGUCGCGUUUGUGAUUCUUCAAAUUAUUUAAGAAUUUGUAUACGAGGGUAGUUCUAGUUACAGCCUUUAUGCUAUACGCGUUUCUCGAUCGUGAGAAGGCAGUAAAGGGACUUAUUUCCAGCCACAAUGCUAUGCUGAAAAAGAAAACUUCACAAUGCUAUGCUGACCGAAAACGUUUCUGAAGUUUCUGGAGUUAAUUACAAUAGCCGAUAGAAGUUGCAACCGCGAUACAAGCUGUCCAAGUCCAACGCAGCUGCAACGAGGAGGUGCAGGGUUCUUGCGAUAGAAAGCUGCUGGCAGCGCCGCCUCGUCCGACUUACAUGGUGAUUUAGUGAUCAUUCCUACUGUAAGCUGCAGCUCAUCUUCUACCCUCGAGUUGUGUGAAGUAGAUCAGGCGAAAUUAAUAGUGUGAUCUCCAAGAAGCAAGUAAAAAUGUUGGAUAAAAUCGAUGCUGGUCUAGACACAACGACCCCAAGGCAAAAAUCAGGCUAAUCCCCUUGCUCCGCACGACAAAUUCACCAGAUUCCGCAUUACAAACUCACCAGAUUCUAUGUUUUUGGAUCCAUUGCGACGGUUCGAAAUAAAAAGCGCCGCUGUCGUCGG